CGGCUGAGCGAGGCGAGGGCCACUCAAGAAGCACGAGUAAGCGCAGUGCGUCGAGUGAGUCAGUAGGAAGAGUACUCACGGUCUAGCACUCGUCGUGUAAAGUAAUCCAGCUUUUUUCUCUAAUAACGCUGUAGUUUAUCGGGGAGCGUAGAUCCCCUCGCUUGUUAUAUACCGUAGGCUUAGAAGAGCAUGAACUAUAUAGGCAAGUUCAUCUCUAACUUCAAGGAUUUCUACAAUGAGAUCAACGCAGCCACUUUAACAGGUGCCAUAGACGUCGUGGUUGUCAGACAGGAAGAUGGCACCUUUCUCAGUUCACCCUUCCACGUCCGUUUCGGGAAGAUGGGCGUCCUUCGCAGCAGGGAGAAGGUGGUUGAUAUUGAAAUUAAUGGAGAGCCUGUCGACAUUCACAUGAAACUUGGAGAGACAGGAGAGGCAUUCUUUGUGGAAGAGUUAGAGGAAGGAGUGGAAAUCAGCCCUCUUCUAGGAACUUCUCCUCUUCCAGAAUCUGUUCUGAGUGGAAAACAUGACCUCAUGAAAGGUGAAGAUGCGAGACACGCUGGUGACUCUGGCGUCGAUGACAUGACUUUUCCUUCGACCGAUCCCUCUAAGGCGGAUAGCAAAGAUGACUCACCGUCAUCAGAGACCAUCACUGCAGGGGAUGUUACAGAGUCAACUAUAACAGUGCAGUCUGAUGGAAUGGAAAGUGAAAACAGUUUUGCCAACAAUGGCAAGGACACCAGUGAGAUCGGAGUGAUCAAAAUAGUCCGCAAGAAUAACAUCAAACGGGAACAGAGGGACAUGGAGACUCAGACGGACAGGCCAACCUUGACAGUAGUCAUUUCCAAGAAGGGGGAUGUCAACAGUGCCCUCAAAAAGGGAGUGUCAUCGACGUCUCUUGUCAUUGAAGAUGCUGGGCCGAAACGCAGCGUCUUGAUCAAUGAAGGCAGGGGCAGUAAAACCGAUGGUGAAGAAACUGUCAAGAACAACAAGAGCAUCCGCCGGAAGCGCAAAAAGCGCUACAAUGGAAAGAAGAAUAGACCCAAAAGCUCUGGCAGUCAGUCAAGUGACACUUCGACCACCAGUGAAGUUGCAGACAUAACAGCUGUGCUUCCAGAAUCAGGAAUAGCACCAACAACUAAUCAGGAUGGAAUUUUUGUAAUGGAUGACAUAGAGUCUACAGAUAAGUUUGCUCCAAGUUCCUGUACUUCCACCUCUCACAUGGCACAGUCAACAUCGAUGCCGCUGCUCCGAGAAAAGUCCCGGGAAGAGGUAGUCAGCGAGUGGAGUGGGGCAAUGUCGCGGUCUAUGGGUCCUGAUUUUCAUCCGUUUAGUGAUACAGAUCUCAGUCCUCCUCCCAGCCCAUCAACCUCAAGACCUCCAACUCCCAUCAAAUCUGACACAGAAUAUGAGGUUGAGAGGCAGAGGGCAGAUUUUACGGAUGGCUCUAGCCAAACGGAUGAAAAUAAGUGGUACUGGACUUGGGGUGAAUUGCCAACUCCACCGCCAAAGACGCCCACCAGAUCAGGUAGUUUGUCGCUGAAGUCUGAUUCUGCAGCCCCAAAUGCUGAGAAGAAUGGGAAGACUUCCAAGGAGGAAGAUGAUGAGCGAUCUGUGUUGGGCAGUAUGUUUAGCUUCAUGAGGGCUACCAAGAAAGCUCGCCAUAAUCCAGAAAGCGAAGGUAUAUACCUUGAUGAUCUCAACUUGGAAGAGCUUGAUCCUGAAGUGGCAGCAUUGUAUUUUCCACGUAGCUUCAAAGUUCCAGAAAAACAAGGCUACAACAGCAGUUUCCCAUCGGGAGGCGUCAAGGAUGAUGAUGCAGAGUCAGGGAACGGACCUUCCUUACCACAAUCGCCACAUAGUGUUGAAGGAGCCAUUGGAUGUCCCAAGCUGUGUAGUGAUUCUGAUUUUGAAGACUCUAGACAUCCAAUCUUUGAUUAUAAAGGUUAUGAUGACAUUGCAUUCUCGCUUUGCGGACGUUUGCAUGAAUAUGAAGGAGACUUUCCCGAGAGUUUGUUCUUGCAAAGUAUUGUCACGUAUGAUGACUUCAUUGAAAACCCUCAGAUUCUCGACAACCCCAAUCUGGUUAUCAGGUAUGGGGGCAAGUACCUUAAUUGGAUGGCAGCAUCUCCACAGAUCCUGUCACUGGUUCUCUUCCAGCGACCAGUUCCUCAGAAAUUAGCCAAUCAGCUUUACAAGGAACAUAUGCCAAAGAAAGAGAUACGGAAAAGAUCCGAAUCUAAAGGUUAUUCAUGGUUCUCAUGGAGGCGUAACAACCAAGCUGAAUCAGAAGAGAUGGAAAAGAAAGAAAACAAUGCAUCUGAGAAGACUGAAGGGGCUGAAAUAGCAAGAGAGAUGCGUUCCACGAUCCCUGUCUCCCUCUCUCUCCCAAUAUUAUUCAGUACUGAGCACAUGCAAGAGGCUGGUGCUCCUGCCAAACAAGGGUGUAGCAUUGAUCCAAAUGUUAUUGAAGUAACAGCAGCUGAAACCCAAACCAGCUUACCUGGUACACCAAAGAAAAAGGGUCACCAUGACAGGAGACCAGGUACUGAUUCUUCAGAGUCUGAGGACCAAGAAGAAAUGAAAGAAAGGCAGCCAUCUGGAGAACGUUUCAAGAAGAGUCUGAGGUUAACAUCUGAUCAGAUUGCUAAGCUCAAUCUCCGUGAAGGCAGCAAUGAGGCGUUGUUCUCAGUGACAACAGCUUACCAGGGUACUACUAGAUGCAAGUGCCAUAUCUUCUUAUGGAAUCAUGAUGCCAAGAUUGUUGUAUCGGAUAUUGAUGGUACCAUAACAAAAUCAGAUGUUCUGGGUCAUCUACUGCCUAUCCUUGGCAAAGACUGGGCUCAGAGCGGUGUAGCUCAGCUCUUCACGAAGAUCAAGAAUAAUGGAUACCACUUCCUUUACCUUUCAGCCAGAGCUAUUGGGCAAGCUAGGAUUACUCGUGACUACCUAAGAUCCAUCAAGCAAGGGGAUCUGUCGUUGCCAGAUGGGCCUCUUCUUUUAAAUCCUACCUCACUUGUUCAGGCCUUCCACCGUGAAGUGAUAGAGAAGAAGCCUGAGGAAUUCAAAAUUUCUUGUCUCAGAGAUAUUCAGGCUCUGUUUGCACCUGAGAGAAAUCCAUUCUACUCAGGAUAUGGAAAUAGGAUUAAUGAUGUCUGGGCAUAUCGUGCUGUUGGUAUCCCUAUUUCCCGCAUAUUCACCAUAAAUCAUCGGGGAGAACUGAAGCAUGAACUGACGCAAACAUUCCAGUCCUCAUACUCCAACCUGUGUGAUAUCGCCAAUCACAUGUUUCCUUCCAUACCCCACCAGGAGACUUUAGGAGAAUUUUCUUCUUUACAAUAUUGGCGGCCUCCAUUACCAGAUGUAUCCAUUGAAAUUGAAGCGGCCCUUGCUCAGGAAAGAGGAAAAUAACUGCUGUAGUAAUUAGACAUAUUAAUUGUUGAUACGCAGAAUGGCUAAGAAAUCUCUGAAGUAAUGGGCACUCACUUCAACAUUCCAAAGACAAGAGUACCUGUGUAUGAUGCAGAGAGACUAGAGAGAACUGAACAAGUUGUGGAUGUGAGGUAGCCAAUAUUUCUACCUGAAUCCCUUUCAUAAAUUUCUUCAGUAAUUUUUGGCAGAAGAGUUUAUUUCAUUUACUCUGGUGAUUUUGUGUCUUUACUUGAUGCUUGCUUCAAUUAAGGAAUUUGAAACCUUUUGCAGUUUAGGGCAAAAUUAUUUCGGUGGGUCACUCACCUCUGGUACUUGCAAUAAAAGCCUAUGGUUUUGGCAUAACUACUUUUUAUUUGACAAAGCAAGCUGGGUCAAAAUUUUCCCGACACCUUUUUAGCCACAGACCUCUAAAAGACGAUCCCAUGUGUUGGUUAGAUAUUUGCUAGUAGGAGUUAUUCCAAAAACUUUUGUCAUCUUAUAUCCUGUUUCAGUCUUGAUAGACAAAAGCUGACAGUCAUUUAGGAAAUACAGUCAAUGCUGACUACAGUAAUAGUAGAUUUCUCUUCUGUAAAUCUGGCAACAGAUCACUUAUGUAAUACUCCUCAGUUAAUGUGAUAUUAUGUUUCAGGAUAAAAUAAUAGGUUUUAUGAAAAAAAUAAUGUACACCCUUCAAGUAGUUUGUUUUGAAAAAAAUUUGGCCUUUGAGCAACAGUCAUUUUUGUUAUGUUUAAUAAGCUCCAUAAACAUUAGAUAUUAUCUGUUGUAGAAGUUAACCUGUUAAGGUUCUUGUCAUUUAUGUCAUGUUGUUGAAUUUUUCAAGUGUGUAGAAUCAAAGCAUAUCACUUUUAUGUUAUUCAGGGACUUCAUUACACAGUAUUUAUUUUUUCGUACAGAUCCAGUUCUUCAUCUUUUCAUAUCAUUUUCCACAUUUCAUUAUUAUGUAUAUUUCAUUUUUUGCAUUCUUAGAUAUAAGUGAAACCAGUGUACACUAUAUGCAACUACAGUACUUUAUAUUGUUCUCCCAUGUUGAAUUUUUAGGUUAUAAACUUGACAUGAGAAUUAGUUUCAAAUGGAAACAAGUAGGUUCCCUCUCUUGGGAAGGAGACUCACUGGGGUUGUCCAUUCCUUGAGACAAUUAGUCAGUUUUGUGAUAUCAUCUGUAUAGUGCUCUCGACUGUGAUUUGCUGAACACAUCCACCACGGUGCUUGUAGGCAACAUGUCAUGUUAUUUGGUUAGGCAUUCUCAAUUUAUAUACUACUCUUGAAAUAUGGAGGGAAAGGGAUGCAAGUUAUGUCAUCAGAUAUUUAUACCAGUUAUGUAGUAUGCAUUCAUAUAUAUUCUCUCUCUGAGUGAGAUCCUGUGUUGGUAUGAUGGUAGCUAGUAUUAAGGAAUAAACUUUUUGAAGGUCUGAUUUUGUUUUCAUCAGUUUGGUUUGUAGGCUAAAUCACAUCUUGAGAUUAGGAAAGACGAGCAAAAUCCUUGAACACUAAGGGAUGGAAAUGUAUUGCAUACAAUAUCAAGGUUCUCUGUGAUAUUAUUAGUUGUAUAUAUACAUUUUGUUAUCCGAAGAGCCAGAUAACAGAGCAUGGAUAACAUUUGCAUUGGAAUUCAAAGGGUGUACCCUGUAAUGUAACUGAACUGUUCAUGUUUCUUAAAUAAAUAAUGUUAAUUGCAUUUCUUGGAAAGUAAAGUUUGAAACUCAGUAAAGAAGUUUAUGUACUGUACGUGAAAUGAUGGAUCGUUGUUAAUAUCUCUGGAGACCAUGCAGAAAACCAUUUGGGUUUAAUGGAGGUUUCAGCAUUAGUAGAGCUAAUAUUUAAAAUCUUAUAUAGAUGUUUUUCAAAUUACAGUCUGGAAGAUGCUUCGUUUUUGUGUUGCAUAUAAUUGUGCAUUUUGUACAAACUCUGCUUGUAUCAGGCAGAAUGAUUUUUAUUAAAUAUACAGUUUGUUCCUAUCCUCAUAUGUUUCAUAGUUUUAUAUGUACUAUAUGGUAAUGUUUAAGUUAGAUUAUUCUUUCUUUUAUAGCAAAUGUAAUUUUAAAGGAAUUGCUACCUGAGUUUAGUUAUACAACUUAUCUUUUGGUUUAUCCAAAUGGCAUUUACAAUACGUCUUGAUUUGUGCAUUUCUUGGUCUGAAACUUUCAGGCAGUGUGUUCAGUUUGUUAUUUAUGCUUAAUACAGUACUGUCAUUUGCAGUGAGACAAAGUGAUGCAAUAAUUUUUUUCAUUUUGACUUGAAUACUCAAAGAAAUGAGUGCAGGUAAAAUAUUUUUAAAGAUGCUAGGUUCAGCAGUUAUUUUUUAUUCUGGGAAAUUUUGACUUCAGUUUGUCACUUCAGAAUACUGUUUCAGGUAAGGGUUAUAAAUGUGUUGUAUACAGUAAUGUCUUGAAUACUCUGAAGUCAGGAGCAUUAAAAUCUUUGAGGAUGGGCAUUCUCAGUCGCCAGCUUAUAGUACAUUCCACAGCUGCUGUUAUGUUCUAAUUUUAUCACUGUAACUUGUUUUCUGUUAGGUAAUAAAAUGUGUAGGCCAGAUGGGAACUAUUUUGGUAUUGAAAUGUCAGUUCACAGAACUGAACAUUUUAUGUAAUAGCUAAAGAAAUUUUCUCCUGGAUGUUUUCAGUUACGAAGGUCUGCAUUAGGGCUGCUCAGUGUCUUAAAUUCAUGAUUGUGGUUCACUGUUGAUGUUUUACACCGAAAAGUAUCCAAGUACUGUGGAAUAACCCCUCAGAAGUGCUGCUGAUUGAUUAGCAAAAUGUUUUCAAAUUCAUAAGUGUUCACUUCGUCUUGAAUUUCUUUUCGUGAACACCUUAAGGCAAUUGAUCAGUUAGUGUUGUAUAGAAAUUGUUUCAAUAUUUUUCCUCCCAUUUAUUGAUCUUGUCAGAAGAAAAAGAAAUGCUUUUUUUGUGCUUAUUUUAUUUGCUGUCAUGUGAUAAUAAUGCCAAUAAAUGAGUCUGAUAGAA